AUGAACGAGGAUGAGCUAGUGAUAGAGGUUGUCGGGAUGCUGGUAAUGCUGCGCCGGAAACCAAGCAACUACAGCGAUUUAUCACCACCCGUUUCAACAUCAUUUUCUAUUCUGUCAGUCCACCUGACCUGUACUUUAGGCGCAGCUUCAAAAACAAUAAAUUUAUUGAUCCAGAUUAAUCAAGCCUGCAAAAAUGUGGCCGGUAACAUCAAAGAAAUCUAA